CUUGCGCAGCAUUUAGAAUCCUGUAAUCAAACGUGUUUAUCCUCCUAUUCAGGGCGCUGUUUGGGUCUUUUCUGCACUCCUUUCUUCUGCUACUGUUGUAUUAUGUUGUUUGCUGAGUCGUUGCAUCGCUGCUUCUCAGUUUUCUGACACGCUACGCUACAAGUGCUUCGUGAAGUAUAAGCCGGCAGGAUACAAAACUAACAUUUUCUAUAGCGUGGACUUAUCUCCUUUAAACAAUCUACUUUUUCCUCGUCUUUUUGCAACUCUCCUUUUCUUGUUCUUAGCCUUUUUGAUUUUUUUUUCUGUCUCUCCAGACGCACACAGUGGCGGGCAGUUUUAUAUUUUUAGCAGGGAUCUCGGAUGCACUCCUUAUUAACGACACGUUUAUGAACAAUCAAAUGGUCCUCGUUAAAAUUUAUUGAUGGGCAUAAAAACCUUGAACGGUCACUGGCCGAACAUAGUUGGCUUUUUUAGUGGGCUGUGAGCCUGUCAGCUUUCGGAAUCCCCUCUUCGGCUGUAUCUCGACAAACCCCAUUUAGGCAACGUUUGGUCAGCAGGCCCUCGUUAAAAGCCGUGCAAAAACUGCAUCCCGUGUUUUUAUUCUCCCCGGUUUCCACCGUCCACGUCUCCCCGCUGCAGCUGCUGCCAUGAGGGCACAUCUCUCUCUCUCUCUCCCCUCUCUCUCUCUAUAUAUAUAUAGAUAUAUAUGUCCCUGAAAACAAUAAACAGCAUUCUACGAGAAGUUAUAAACGCUUCACUUCAUCAAAUGCCGGUUUUGCCGAGGAUAAAACGAGCCAACGAUUCAAUAAACGCUUUAAUGCAGUAUCUACUGAAGUAGCAUGGAGCCCUGACAGAGAUUAAUUACGCCAUCAAAUAGUCCCUUGCUUUUGCACGCAAUGUGCGCAGGUCUGCGCUGCGACAGGAUAAAGAUCCAGCAGCACGGCGCAUGGAUGUUUCCCUCGUGGACAAAAAAAAAGAAACGUUAUGGUCAAUGUUACCUCUAUGAGUCCAGGAAAAAGGAGUGAAAGAGCACUUUGUUAAUCCCAUUUAUGUGCACUGCUAUCCCUGGAUAAGUGGCGCAUUGAUCCACUGUACAAUUUUUGUGGGGGUAAAUAUAAUCACGUGUUGGCGGGUCAGCCAAUAGGAGCCAGGGAGGCUUUGAGAAAUAAUUACCUGCCUUGAUUGUUCUAUGGCUAGAUAAAAAAGUACACAUACACUCCAUAUAAUAAACGGAUGCAUGUAAAAGAGUCAGGGAGGCUUCGACAUGUCGACCACGGGUCCCAUAAGUAAUUAUUAUGUGGACUCCUUGAUCAACCAUGAGAGCGAGGAUGUCCUUGCUGCGACUCGCUUCUCCGCGCCCGGUUCGCACCCAGCUGGCCCCCGUCCGACGUCCCUAGUCCCGGAGUGCGCCGACUAUCCUUCGUGCAGUUUCGCACCCAAGCCGACCGUCUUCUCCACGUCCUGGGCCCCGGGGCACUCCCAGUCGUCUGUGGUCUACCAUCCGUACAGCCACCAACCCCACUUGGGCGCGGACUCGAGGUACGUGCGCUCAUGGCUGGAGCCGAUCUCAGGCGCCGUGCCUUUCCAUGGCUACCCGGGGAACGGCCGGCAUUACGGACUGAAGCCCGACGCCUUCCCGGAGCACAGAGCCGGGGAGUGUCUCAGCUCCGGCGGACGGACCUACUCGGAUUAUCUGUACUGCUCAUCCACUGACAUGCGAGACAAGACGCCGCAGAACGUCUCCUCUCCAGAGUCGGAGCUUCUGGCGUCUGGAAAGCAUAAGGAGGAGAAGCCGGAGCUAGAUCCCAAUAACCCCGUGGCCAAUUGGAUACAUGCCCGCUCCACAAGGAAGAAGCGAUGUCCUUACACAAAGUACCAGACUCUGGAACUGGAAAAGGAGUUCUUGUUCAAUAUGUACCUCACCAGAGACCGCAGAUACGAGGUUGCAAGAGUACUGAAUCUGACCGAGAGGCAGGUCAAAAUCUGGUUUCAGAACCGGCGAAUGAAGAUGAAGAAAAUGAACAAGGACAAGAGCGACAGCAAGGAACAAUAAGGAGGACUGCAGUGGGGGAAAUUUAAGAAAUAAACAACUUUAAAAAGAAAAAAACAUGGACAGCACAGAUGUACCAAAAUAAAAAGCCUCCCCCCCACGCUCUUUAACCAUCUUUGUCACUUUGUUGGAUUUUUGUUUUGUAGUACCAUUAACCUCAGACUGUUGGAUGCUGAUUAUUAUUUAGUGCACAAUUAAACGUUUAAGAAAAAAAAGGGGGGGAAAUAAUAGAGAGACUUUUGUGGAGGAAAAAAAAAGAUCUUCUUUCACGUUUAUAUUUCUUUGUAAGAAAAUAUAAAUAAGCAACGUUUGGAUGGGACAACAACUGUCCGAAGAAGCAGAAUACUUGAAUUCUUUUAAAUUUCACAAUAACUAUAAUUUAUGACGUGAAUGUUUAUUUUUCUUCCAUGUUUAUUUCAUUUGUACACGCUCCGGCGCAGGUGUAAAGUGUUUUGUACAUAAUCAGAAGCAUCUGCGAGCGCCUCGUCUUUGUUGUAUUUUGUGAUAGCUGUUGAUGUAUAUGUGCAUCCAUUGGUUCCUUUCCUAUUUUUUUUUAGUGUUUCUGGCCGUAUAGGUGGCAAAUUUUAAUGAUAGAGUGUAGCUAUAUAGAGCUCUGCAAAUAUAACCAUAAUCACACAA